CAAAGCGAAAGGAAGAAACAAACAGUUGAGCUGUUGAGGCAUUGUCUAAUUUCUCGAGUGAUUUCUCCGAGAAACAAAAAAAGAUGGGUGAGAAGCCAUGGCAGCCACUACUCCAGAGCUUCGAGAAACUAUCAAAUUGCGUCCAAACUCAUCUUUCCAAUUUCAUCGGCAUCAAGAAUACUCCUCCUAGUUCUCAAUCCACAAUCCAAAACCCAAUCAUCUCCUUGGACUCUUCUCCGCCAAUCGCAACAAACAGUUCCAGUCUUCAGAAACUUCCUCUCAAGGACAAGUCUACUGGUCCUGUGACUAAAGAGGAUCUCGGGAGAGCUACAUGGACGUUUCUUCACACUCUUGCUGCGCAGUAUCCAGAAAAACCAACAAGGCAGCAAAAAAAGGAUGUUAAAGAGCUGAUGACGAUACUUUCCCGAAUGUAUCCUUGUAGAGAAUGUGCGGAUCACUUCAAAGAAAUCCUAAGAUCGAAUCCCGCACAAGCUGGAUCUCAGGAGGAAUUCUCACAGUGGCUUUGCCAUGUACACAACACCGUAAAUAGAAGGUAAACUGAAAGAAGAUUAAUGUUAGUGUAGCGAGAAUUGAAUUGAAAUUUAUGAUCCAUAUGUCUCUAUGUGUGAUUCUAAAAUUGUUUUGAAGUUUGGGGAAAUUGGUGUUCCCUUGCGAGAGAGUGGAUGCAAGAUGGGGCAAGUUAGAGUGUGAGCAGAAAAGUUGUGAUCUCCAUGGAACUUCUAUGGACUUUUAGACCCAUUUAUUAACUACACUUAUACUUGUAUGGAUAAUAUCUCAUUUAUGAAAUUUAUAUCAAAAGAAAAGGUAUAUAUCGAUCUAUUCAUAAUCCUUUUCAACGAAAGACUUGAAAAAAUAGAGCUUGUUGAUGGAUAUGUUUCGACUGAUCAUUGAUAUUUGAUAGUGC